UGUGUAUCCGUCCCCCUUUGCUAGGAUGGUGUCAGGUGCCAUUGCUUUGGCCUUCCUUCCCCUUCUGCUGACGCUCAUAAUCAGGUACCGCUACUACUUUGUGCUUUUCUAUCGGGCGGUUCUGGUCAGAAUAUGGAAGGACUGCGUCACUGGUUUAAGUCGGGAGGAGCGAGCCUAUCAGUACGUCCUCACUCAUUCCAUCCCCGGGGACCCUGACAGUAUCCUGGAUGCGUUCGAUUACUGGUGCAACAAAGUGGAGUACAUCAGUAACAUUGGGCCUAAAAAAGGUAAAAUCCUGGAUCGGAUUCUCAUGGAGCAGAGCCCACUCACAGUUCUGGAGCUGGGAGCUCAUUGUGGCUACAGCACCGUUCGGAUCGCCCGGGCUCUGCCUCUGGGGGCCAGGCUCUACAGCAUUGAGAUGGAUCAGACAAACGCCGCAAUAGCUGAGAAAAUCCUCCGCCUGGCAGGGUUUGAUGAUGACACGGUGGAGCUCAUCGUGAAUCCAUCAGAUGAGGUGAUCCCUCGUCUGCGGUCGGACUACAAUUUGGAAAGGGUUGACUUUGUCUUCAUGGACCACUGGAAGAAAUGUUACCUUCCUGAUCUGCAGAUGCUCGAGGAAUGUGGCCUGCUGGGAAAAGGAUCUGUGAUUCUGGCUGACAAUGUGCUGUUUCCCGGGGCUCCAAAGUUCCUCAGAUACAUUCGCAAGAGUGGUCUGUAUGAGUGGAAGAUCCACAGAGCAAUGCUGGAAUACAGCAAAGGCAUUCGGGAUGGGAUGGCAGAGCUGGUGUUUCAGGGAAUUAAGUAAACUUCCACACAUUUAUAAAAUCCCUAAAAAUGCAGUCGAAUAUUCAAGUUAUGAUUGAGUGAAACUAUGGCAUGUGGAUAAAAACGAUUCCAUAAAAAUAUUAAUUGGCAUAAAACUGUAAAUUUAGUAAGAGCUUUUUAACCUAAUUAUUGUCAUUUUUAAAAAAAACUUACAAAAGUACCAUGUAUAAAUCAGAUUUCUAUGAUAAAUGAAAUUGUGAUGAAUUGUUUCUUACAAUAAAAAUAUUUAACAACAUUUAAAGGAUCAAAUAUUUGGAAAUAUUUCAUUUCCAAAUAAUGGUUUUCCUUUUGUCUGUAUGCCAUCCCGUUUUGUUUUAGAUACAACAAAUCUAAACCUGGAAAUUAGAAGGAAAAAAAAAACAACCAGAAUACACUAUGAACAAAUCUUUUGAGUUAUGGAUAAAUUAUUUUAAUUUAUGUUUUUAGAUUAAGCAAAGGAUUCACAGAGAGAAUUUCCUUUAAUGCUAUUGUUUGUCAAACAAAAGGAUGAUACUCUCAAUGUGUUUAAAAGAAAAGAAAAGUCGGAAUUAGAAAUAAAAAUAAAUGUUAAAUAUAAAAUGUAAAAAAACUGAAAUAUGUACAUCCAGUGUUUUGAAAGUGAUUAGAAUUGGACUUGUAAUUA